AUGGCCCCACGGUCACUACUGGGCAAGCAGGCAGCAACCAACGGCCACGUCAACCAGAAGCUCGUCUACUCGGCGACGAACGGCAGCUCGAACAAGGAGAACGGGCACGGCAAGCUCACCGAGCGUCCAAAUGGGCUAUUCCAGCAGAAGCGGCCGCUUGAGCAUAAACCAGAAGGCCCUUCAAACCAGCGACGGCGCCUGCUGUCCGAGCGUGGCGAGGAAGCCCAAAAGCAUCCCAUCCUGGACCGCGCCGUGAUUAGCCACUGGAAGUGGACGAGCCAGAAUAGAAUUGGCCGCUUCCCGCGCGGUGCCGGUCUCGUCAACCAUCGCAACGACUGCUUCAUGAAUUCCUGCCUGCAGAUUGUUGUCCACACGGCGCCGCUGGCCCGCUUCGUCCACGACCACGUCGCAAUCUUUCAAACUGGAUGCCCAAGCCCGUGCCUGCUUUGCAUGUUGAAGCGCCAGGUCACCGAGUCUUUCAACUCGUCGCACGCCAUCCGCAAUCAGAUGAUGAACGCUUCUAGAUGGGUCUGCCGGCGUUGUCAGCACGAGUCGAACGGGUACGAGCGGAUGCGGGUGCUGGAGCUAGGAAUGGAUAAGUGGAAACAAACGAGCGUCAAGGAGUUGAUUGCCCGUUUCUUCCGCACCGAGCAGCUGAACGACUACAAAUGUGAAAAGUGUGCUUUCCGCGGCGCCUACUCCAGAACUGCUCAACUGCUACGACCACCGGCCGUGCUCGUCCUCCUCAUCCAGCGCUUCUCCGUCCUGCGCAAGGUCCACGAGCGCGUCUUCAUGGAUCACGAGCUCGAUCUCGAGAGCCAGCUCGUCGACUGGGGCCAAGAUCGUGACAUCCACGGGCCGGCGCGCUAUCGGCUGCGCGGCAUCAUCGAGCACCAUGGUUGCACGAUCGGCAGCGGACACUACCAGGCCUACCACACCGACGUGACCGGGCAGCAAUGGUUCAGCUUCGACGACGAGAUUGUUGGGCGCGCAAGCGAGGCCGACAUCCAGAUCCUGAAAAAGUCGAUGGCGAGACCGUUGGCCGUUCCCGGGCAGCGGAAAAACGGCCAGAUGAUCAACUUCAACCCCAAACCUUAUGUCCCAGAAGUAGCUGAAAAAAAUCGCGAAAUUCCAGAGAUACCGAGGCUGUGCGGCGGCUCCCAGCUGGACACGGAGAAGCACAGCUACAUCGUGGCCGGGUCCCUGGGCUGCGGCAGCUUCGGCGAGGUGUGGCUGGUACGCGACCGGAAAUCGCAAGAGCUCGUCGCCAUGAAGGUCGAGCAUAUGGGGAGGACCGGGAAUGCGAUGCGGCUGCACAACGAGGUGCAAAUUCUGCAGGACUGCAACAAGCAACCCGCCGCCCGCCGGAAGCACUUUCUCAGGUUCAUCGACCUCGGCCGCUCGAACAAGCUGUUCCGGCGGUUUCUGGUGAUGGAGCUCGCCUCGCUCUCGCUGGCCAAGAUCCGCAUGCUGGGGCUCAGCGCCACCGCCGACAAGUUCAGCCCGUCCACCGCUCUGCAGGUCGCCAAGCAGCUGUUGCAAGGGAUUUGGGACCUGCACGACGUCGGCUACAUCCACCGCGACCUGAAGCUGGAAAAUGCGGCCGUCGGGUUCGGAGACCGCGAGAAGAUCGUCUACCUGCUCGAUUUUGGCAUUGGACGGCGGUGGUGCGAGAAGGAGAAAGGACCCGACGGGAAGCACAUCCACCGACGCGAGCGCAAAUACGCAAAGCAGAUCGGCACGAGGAGAUAUCUGUCGCGCAACUGCCUUCAAGAUAAGGACCAGUCACGACGCGACGAUGUUGAGAUCUGGCUCUACGUGUUUCUCGAUUUGUACCGAGGUCUUACUGGGCGGGUCGAGCCGGGGCUGGCCGGGUGGAAGGUAGAGAUGUUCAGCAGCGAUCCUGAAGGGUGGCCGUACGGAUUCCCGAAAGAAUUUCACCUGAUAUGCGUGUGGAUCGACGCGCUGCAGUACGCCGAUCAGCCGCCAUAUCAGAGGAUUAUGGACCACGUGGAUCAUGUGGCGGCCGUCUACAAGCUGGACAUGAACGAGAAGCUCGACUGGGAGGGCAAGAUCACCGACGAGCAUCGCUACGGAGCCAUCAAGAAGACCGUCGAAGAGGAGGCGGAGCGGCGGCGAAAGGCUGAGGAGGAGAAGGGCCUCAUCGAGGAGGAGAAGCGCCGCAGCGAGGAGGAGAAGCGCCGCAUCCAGGAGGAGAACAAACGCGUCAACGACAGCGAGCCCACCGAGCCCGAUGAGCUGGAGAAAAGGAGAAAAGAUCGGCUCAAGGACGAAUUCGGC